CGGUCGGUCGUCGGAUUCCGUGGCGGGGACUUUCGCGAGCGAGAUCUCACGUCCUGGCGACGGGACGAAGCGACACGCGAUGGCAUCCGUCUCGUUGGAGAGCGCCAGGGACAAGGAACAGGAGGAUCCGAUUCGAUGCAUAUUCUUCGCCGAGUUUCACCACAUAGCGGGGCCGAAAAUCACAUGUCAGGUGCCCGACAAUUACAUAUCCAAGGACAUAUUUGACAAUGUCAGCGUUUACAUCAUACCGAAGGCGCAGUUACAAAGAAGUACAAUUACAAUCACGUUGAAGGAGUACAAGAUCCUGGGCUUCCCCGUGAAGAUCGUCGAUAAGAAAUACGCUAGGAAUGCGUUUUACUUCAACUUGUGCUUCGUCUGCGACGCGGACGCUCGCACUGUCCACUACGAGCCGGUGGUUAGGAAGAUGUCGGAUUUCUUGAUGGCUUUGGAGCUGGAAAAUUGCUUUCUAUCUGCCUCGGACGACAAGAGCAGACUGGCCGAGAUGCUCGCGCAAGCCAUGCAGGACUUGAAUCUGCACAAAAUGUGUAUAUUGACUGAGGGAACAAUGACGUCGCACUUGAAAGUUGUGAGAUUAGCGCCUGAGCCGAAGCCGGUACUCGAUCACCAGGUGCCGAUAUUUUUGGAAGACAAAGAGUCAUUUCAGAACGACCAGUGGGACUUGACUACGCAACAAUUAUUACCGUACAUCGACGGCUUUAAUCACGUGGCGCGCAUAGCUGCUCUGGCCGACGUGGAGAAUAAUUUGGUUAAAAGCUGCGUGCAGAAUCUUGUAUAUUACGAGGUCGUAACGUUAAUUCCAAUAUUUCUGUAUAGCAACGUCUAUGCUGCGACUACGAAAUUAAGAAAAUUUCCGGACGAUGCUAAAUUAGUGGAGAGAUGUGUAGCGUACGCUUCUACAUCAGCUAGACAGCCGGCGUAUUUUAGGGACAUAUACCGAAUGUAUACAAGUAUGACUUACGGCGUCACUAUGAAAGACUUGUGUCAACGUCUUAAUCCACAAAACCUACGGAUAAAUGAGCGAAGGCUGGUACAAUUUGGUAUGAUCGAGGGGCUUAUCAGGAGGAUAUACAAUUAUCCCGUGCUUCAUCCCGAGGCGGUUUCCAGCGAAGAAGCAAAAAACAAUCCGGUUUACAAGUAUUUCACAGGCGCGUACAACAUGGACGAAAUAUGCUGCAGCACGGGCCAGUCUGUCGCGCAAAUUGAAGAUAUCGUCGAGCGUGAUCCGAACGUUCUAAUGAUACGAAAAUAAUGUGUCGCAGAGAUUGAUAAGACUGAAAAAAAAACCUAGACAAUUUUUUUUUAACUCUUACACAGCCAUGUACAAAAAUAUAUACAUGUGUGUAUAUAUAUUUUUCUGGGAUUAUAUAUGUGCGAUAAUAUUCAAGAUUAUGUAGUUAAUAUAUACAUAGAUGUAUAUUAUACACAUAUACUAUAUGUUUGUAUACUUUUAUACAUGUACACAUACAUGUAUAAAAUCUAGAUACAUAAAUAAAAAAAAAAGUGAAAAAGU